GUUCUAAAAGUUUCUGUAAUAUAUAGGCUGAUAUUUGAUAGCUGUGUAUAUUAUUUAAUGCAGUUAGCAAAUGUGUAGAGAGCCACCACUUACAUGCAGUGAGAAGUUGUUUUAAAAUACUUUCUGGCAUUUAUGGAAACUAAUUUUUUUAAAGCUCAUCAGGGAUAAUGUUUGCUGAAUUCGUAUUUGGAAUUGUUCAUAUUUUAUUUGACAGCUGUGUCUUCAGGGCACAUGUAUCUUAAUAUUAGAUUUAAUGCGAUUUCUGAAAUAAAAACAGUCACCCUACUUGAGGAAAUGUUUGCUUGGUAAAAUUUGUGUGAAUCUUGAUUUUACUCUAAGGCCUGGCUUACAAUCUUGAGCCAUUAAUAUGUAGUUCGACAAAACACUGCUGUUGCAUUACUGAAAAGCUUAGAUACUUGUAGCAGGGAGACUCCUAGAUAUAGAAGGUAUAUUUUUCCUCUACUUAAAAAAUUUGUAUUUAAAUUUCUUAGUAUAACUUGGGUACAGAUUUAAAAUAAAACUUCUUUUUAAUAUGUUAGGAAGCAGAAAGCCUCUAAUACAGCAUUGUCAUUCUGGUGUGAGCCUAUCAUCAUACCUACCAGGCUAACAUGAGCUUUAAGGCCCUCACCAAAGUCUCAAUGAAAUAUAUAUUUUUAAAAAACAUUUUGUAAAAUCCCAGGUGGUCCAAGAAGCACUAUUCCAGAGCGCUAGCCUUGGACUUUCACCUCCGGUCAGUCAUAUUUUUCUCUUAGCACUCAUUAAGUUAAUAGUUGAAAAAUAAAACACCCUGAUUUUGUUCACUUUUGUUUUCAUAUACAAGAAUCUUUACAGUCAACAUGUACUUCUAGAUGCUGUAUUGAAAUUGCUGGCACAGUCUAUUCCAUACAAACUGAACAAUCUGGCCCCUUGUUUUAUUUGUAAAGGUUCAAUGUAUCUAUGCCUGCCUACUUCAGUCUGCAAGGGAGUGUCAGAAAGGCCCCGCAUUCGCCGAGCCGAGAUACUACUCGUCAGCGAAUCAAAUUCAGUGAUGACAGAGUAUGCAAGAGUCACCUUCUCAACUGUUGCCCUCAUGAUGUCCUCUCUGGGACUAGGAUGGAUCUUGGAGAAUGUCUGAAAGUCCAUGACCUGGCUUUAAGAGCAGAUUAUGAAAUUGCAUCCAAAGAACAAGAUUUUUUCUUUGAACUUGAUGCUAUGGAUCAUCUGCAGUCAUUCAUUGCAGAUUGUGAUCGAAGAACAGAAGUGGCUAAGAAAAGAUUAGCAGAAACUCAAGAAGAGAUUAGUGCUGAAGUGGCAGCAAAGGCAGAACGUGUUCAUGAGUUAAAUGAAGAAAUUGGUAAAUUGUUGGCCAAGGUGGAACAACUAGGAGCUGAAGGGAAUGUGGAAGAAUCCCAGAAAGUAAUGGAUGAAGUAGAGAAAGCACGGGCAAAGAAAAGAGAAGCAGAGGAAGUUUAUCGGAAUUCUAUGCCAGCUUCCAGUUUCCAACAGCAGAAACUCCGAGUCUGUGAAGUCUGCUCUGCAUAUUUAGGUCUUCAUGAUAAUGAUAGGCGACUGGCUGAUCAUUUUGGGGGUAAACUGCACCUGGGAUUUAUUGAAAUAAGAGAGAAGCUUGAAGAAUUAAAGAGAGUUGUAGCUGAGAAGCAGGAGAAAAGAAACCAGGAACGCCUGAAGAGAAGAGAAGAAAGGGAGAGAGAAGAAAGGGAGAAGCUGAGGAGGUCUCGAUCACAUAGCAAGAAUCCCAAAAGAUCCAGGUCCAGAGAGCAUCGCCGACAUCGGUCUCGCUCCAUGUCACGGGAACGGAAGAGGAGAACUCGAUCCAAAUCUCGGGAGAAACGCCAUCGCCACAGAUCUCGCUCUAGCAGCCGAAGCCGAAGCCGCAGCCACCAGAGAAGUGGACACAGUUCUAGAGACAGGAGCAGAGAGCGAUCCAGGAGGAGAUCCUCAAAAGAAAGAUUCAGAGACCAAGACUUAGCAUCACGUGACAGAGACAGGAAUUCAAGAGACAGAUCACCUCGUGACAGAGAUCGAAAAGAUAAGAAGCGGUCCUAUGAGAGCGCUAAUGGCAGAUCAGAAGACAGGAGGAGCUCUGAAGAGCGCGAAGCAGGGGAGAUAUAAUUAGCUGUGUACAUAUCCUCAAUCCUUAAGCUUCCAAUGGAGUUACAUACUAUUGUUUAGUUUACAGCUGUUCGGGGUGACACAGUAAGCAGUUCCAGACACCGGUCCAGCUAGGCUAGAUGCACAGUAUCUCAGUGGAUCUGAACUGAACUUGCUUUCCUUGAUGAAGCCUAAAACUACAUCCAUAAUUUCUGGUGAACCUAUAAUACAAUUCUGAACGUACCAUUUUAUAUACAACGCUGAUGUCUUUAUUCUUUCUAGUAGGAGUGAUAGUGAAUGAAUUGUUACCUGCAUUGGGAUUUUUUGAACAUUUGUAAAAUGCUGUCUUUGUUUCUAGUCCAAACAGCAGAAGCUUUGGGAAUUUUCCUUUUUAAUUCUUCUUCCUCUGACUUUUGUAUCCCCUAGUACCUCCACCCUCUAAUGAUGAGAGAAGAGGGUCAGGAAGCUAUGUAACUUCUAUUCCCAUUAUUAAUUAACUAGCUGAUUACAGUUCAGAGCAUUUAUACUGGAAUGUGUGCUGGAGGAAUUUAAAUACUGGGAGUUUUUUUGUUUGUUUAACGGUGCCUACUUAGAGUUGGAAGUUGAACAGCUAUUGCAUUAUAUACUUUGCUUUUUUUAUUGAAAAUUUGAGAUCAAACAAGUCUUGAUUUUUCUGUUCUAUUGAAUUGCUAUGUUCAGGGUGUUUUGAAAAGGGGGGUGGGGGCAGGGACUUUUUCAUAAGCACUUCUUGUUUUAUUUUGUGUGUGUGGAGUAUAAAGGCUACACCCUUAUUGUAAAAAAUAAUAAUAAUAAAAUGGAAGAAACAAUCACCACCACCAUCAUUAAACUGUAACUUGUCUAGUAAAUUGUCACUAGAACUAUUUGCUGUGGGCAUUUCUUCUAUUCUGUUACAUCAUUAAUAGUGCCUUACCGUGCAAGGCACCAAAGGAAUAAAUACACGCUUGCAAAGAUUCCAGAUGAACUGUUGUCCCACCGGGAUCCCUUGCUGAUUAUAUUCCAGCUACUUUGGGGCCGUUUGUAACAACCGCUAUAGAGAAGGACUGGAUCUGCAGAAGAAACUGGGUUUUUCAUUUGUUUUCUGUUUUGUAUUUCUUCUCAUUCAGCAAACUGAAAUAAAAACAUGGUAUAACCAACUUAA